ACGCUUGCAUCAAAAUUUGAUCCCCAUAAACCAUUAGAUAAUAAUUCACUGUAUCUUUCACAAGAUCUCAAAGAAUGGAAACAACCACUCCUUCUUUUGUCUUGGCUUCUUCAUCCUGAAUAUCAAAUGACAAAAUUCAAAUCUAACAUAACUAAUCUUAACCAUGUAUAUUUUACUAAUUUUCCUUUUGAUGAACAAUCAAUCAGUCACUUCAAAAAAGAAAUUUUUCAAUUUUGGUCUUGGGCUACACCAGAUGCAAAAGAACUUGCUUUUGUAGCACAAAGAAUAUUUGGAAUCUGUGUAAAUGCAGCUUCAGUAGAAUAUAAUACAAACUUUACUGAAUUAAGUAGUUCUGAUAAUAAAUUCAAAAGUGAAGAUAUCGAAGAACGAGUAUUUAAUGAAGGAAAUGUGUCAGAAGAAUUGGUUGAUGAAAUGGGUAAAAAUGAAUAUGUUGCUAAAUUUAAUGAUUAUAUUACUGA